AUGGGUUCCCAACUUGCCCAUACGCACGUAUUACCACGUUCUCAUUGCGAGCACUGCACUAACCGAAAGCCAGAACCGCCAGACUCCAUCUCGGUCGCCGAGUUCAUGAGUACGGAAGAAUAUGGGCGAAGCGCCAUUGCAAAGUCACGAAACCCGUAUACUUGCGGUCUUACUGGCAAAACGCGCGAUGCGGCCGAAGUGAUCGCGCGGGAAGAUUAUCUCGCUCGAGGCAUCGGUCAAGCACUUAAGUUCGAUCCUCAACGUGGUUCGGAAUGGGACAAAGUAGUUGGCGUGUAUUCAUUCAAUACGAUUGACUAUAUCCCUCUCACCCACUCGAUCCAUCGGCUCAAUGGUGUGGUCAGCCUCUCCAGUGCUGCAUUGUCCUCCUCAGAGCUUGAAGAUCAACUCCGAUUAUCAAAAGCCAAAGCCAUCUUUACUUGCCAGCCCUUAUUAGAGGCGGCUCUCAAGGCAACGGCUGCUGUCGGGAUCCCAAACGACCGCGUCUUCCUUCUUCCGAUGCCGGACAUGGAGACGAACUCACCUUUUCGGACAGUCGAAGACCUAAUUGAGGAUGGUAGAAAACUACCUGAGCUACUAUCUCUGAAUUGGUCUCAAGGACAGGGUGCUCGACAAGCUGCGUAUCUGUGCUAUUCCAGUGGCACUUCUGGCCUCCCAAAACCAGUCAUGAUCUCGCAUUACAACAUCAUUGCCGGUGUUCUUCAAACUCACACCUUUGACUCUGUUUCACGCAAGGCCUUCGGCGUUGAGAAUCAAGCCAUGCUUGGCUUGUUGCCUUUCAGCCAUGUCUUUGGCCUCAUGCUCAUUACCCAUUUAGGCACAUUUCGCGGCGACGAGAUCAUUGUACUACCACGGUACACGUUCUUGACAUUCCUGAAGGCAGUAAGCCAGUACAGGAUUCGUCAGCUGAGCAUCGUGCCGCCGAUUGUCAUCGAGAUGCUAAGCAAGCAGGAUGUAUGUCGACAGUAUGACCUGGAAAGCGUCGAGUUUCUAUACACCGGUGCAGCACCACUUGGAAAAGAGACAGUUGACGACUUGUUGAGGAUCUAUCCCAAAUGGCGGCUCGGUCAAGGAUUCGGUAUGACCGAGACUGCCACUGUCUUCAUCCAGUCUAGUGAGCAUGAUACUUUUGUUGGAUCGACUGGCUCCUUAGUCCCAGGCGCCAAAGCCAGGAUCGUCGAUGUCGACGGCAAUGAAAUCACCGACUAUGAAACUCCCGGGGAACUCCUGAUCCAAAGCCACUCUGUUUCCUUGGGCUACUUCAAUAAUCCAAAGGCAACCUCAGAAACGUUUUUCACCGACAAAGAUGGCCGCUGGAUUCGGACUGGCGACGAGGUGCUCGUACGAAAGGCACCUUCUGGGAACGAGCACUUUGUUGUUGUCGAUAGAGUCAAGGAGCUCAUCAAAGUCAAGGGUCAUCAAGUUGCACCUGCAGAACUAGAAGCACACCUCCUCACCCACCCUCACGUCGACGACUGUGCAGUCAUUCAAGUCCCCGAUCCACGAGCUGGAGAGGCCCCCAAGGCUUACGUUGUCAAAUCAUCUGGUGCAAAGCAGAAGCCCGAAGAUAAUGUUACAAAAGACAUCCAUAGACACGUCGAGGAGCACAAAGCCAGGUACAAGUGGCUUAAGGGAGGAGUCGAGUUCAUCGACGCCAUUCCAAAGAGCCCAACUGGGAAGAUUUUGAGGAGAAAGCUGAGGGAGAAGGAGAGACAAAAACGGGUUGCCACGGGGGCAAAGUUGUAA